AAUUUCCAUUAGAUACCGAUUGUAUAGCGGAGAAGUAACAUUGGAUAAGCGAUUUUUUUAUACUAUAGUUGAUUUUAAUACUCUUAUUCUACGUACUUUUAAUAUUACGUGAAAAGACUUGAGUUCUAUGUAGUCAGAAUCUCUGACUAAUUUUUAAAAUAAGGAAUAUUUGCAGUUUUCCUUCCUUCUUCACUAUAUUUUUUACAAAUAUAUUUCAUAUAUACAAACUCUCUCUCAAUAUAUAUAUAUAUAUAAUAUAUAUAUAUAAAUAUUGUUAUAUCUUCCUCUCAAUUUCUCUCUUCUACUAAGAGUAAAACAGGUAAGAAAUCAUAAAAUUUGUACUUUGAACGGACGCUUGAUAACAAAAUUUUUUUACCUGAAAGAAAUUUAUCGAGCCGAUAAACAAUAUAAAAUACGAUAACUAGAUCUGACCUAUGGAUAAGUUUUGGUUUAUUCUGCCCUUCAUCUUCAAUUUUUACCUUUCAGAUGUCCUGCUACAAGAAAUUCAAUUUCCACCCACAAUUGUUAACCAUCCGGCUCGUCUAAAAGUUUACGCUGGUAGGGAGGAUCUUAAUAUAAAUUGUGGAGCGAAAGGUCCUAAUGGUGAUCUAGUUGGACCAAGCGGAAAGCUUGAUUAUGAAUGGUACCACAGGAAAAGUGAACAGGAUCCAUGGGUAAAGAUUAACAUUAUCGGAGAAGCUGGUUGGGCUUGGACUUCUGAGAACGAUAACGGAAAUAUCAGAAUCAAACAGGAAAUUGUUUCAGAUGAUCGGGCCAAAUAUUCGGGAGAAUAUCAAUGUAUUGUGUCUCUUGACAAUCACUAUAAAGUUAAAUCUAGUAUUGGUCUACUUGUCUACUACGCAAUUCCUCUCACAAGUAACACUCCUGUUCAUUUGGAUAUAAAUCGACACACGCACUUCAUUAUUGAACCAAAAUAUAUAAAACUUGAUUGUAAUUUAAUUGAAUGUCAAAAUUUUCGUAUAAGACCUAAAAUUGAAGGCAAACCUGAUCCUGGUGUCUUCCGCUCUUCUCGAAUGGUUUAUGAUAGAGAAACUGGUCAUUUUAUAGUAAUGCGAGCUGAUUCAGAAGAUCAUAACAGACGAUUUCAUAUACUUUUUGAUUUUAUUGAAUCAAGUGUAGGUGAAACAAAUGACCCACGUGAUAUUAGAAUUACAGGCGAUCAAAGUAACAUCAAUAACGAUAUUAUUUAUCAUACAACAACAAAUAAUAACAACCAGAACGAAUUUCAUCGUUUUUCUAAAGAAGAUAUUUCAUUUACUUGUGCCGUAAAAGGAAACCCCCUUCCCACUCUAACCUGGUCAAAAGAGAAUGGUAAUAUACCAUCAAAGGCUGAUAGGAGUGAACGAUACCGUCUAAAGAUAGGUGAUCUUCAACCUGGCGACUCGGGAGUUUAUAAAUGCUCCAUCGGAUCUGGAAUUGAAAAAACAUUCUCUCUUAAAGUAGAAGAUUUCUUCGAUUUCGAGGAUAAACCUGAAAACCAAAAUGCUAGUGUUGGUGACACGAAUAUACAGUGGAAAUGUAGAGGCACGCCUGGCCAGCACAACUAUGAAUUUAACGUUAAUGGAGAAAAACCUGUUAGUGACUUUUAUGUUGCAAACAACAUCAUGAAGUUGGAGAAGGUAGAGAGAACUCAUGAAGGAGUAAUUCAAUGUAAUAUCAAUAAACCAUCGACAAGGGAAAGUAAAAGUUCAUCAGCCUACUUUCUGGUCUUUGAUAAAACAACAAUAACUGCUAAAAAUGAAGCUGAAAUUAAUGUUACUCAGGAUAUGGAUGAGGUUAAACUAGAAUGUAAAGUUUCAGUAGAUGGUAGAUUGCCAUUUUCACUAGAGUGGUAUAAAGAUGGGAAAAAACUAGAGAUAGAUGGAAACACAUUCAAGAUCGAAGGAGCUGAUAAUAAAGAGAAGAAUCUAAUAAUUGAUGCAAAAAGUAAAAGUAUAUUCGGUAGAUACCGAUGUAAAGGAGAUAAUGGAUAUUCUGAAGAUUUUUCGGAUGAAAUUUUGUUGUAUCAAGGUGUUCCAACACCAGCUCCUGUUGUGCAAAAAAGUGCAUUUCCUUGGUGGAUAUUUGCAAUAAUAGCCGGGGCUCUUAUAUUCUUUAUUGUCGUUUUAUGCAUUUGUUUAUAUAUACAGAGAAACAAAGGUGAGGAAUACAAAGUCGACUUAUUGGAGAGAAAACAAGGAUUGGAUCCUGAAGCUGAAUUAAGAGCAGAAGAUUUUAAAGAGUAUCAAAGACCGGAUGAUUCGAAACCUUUGUAUGAUGAACCAUUCAAGAUUCAUACAUCGGAGGAAUCUCUUGAGGAAUACGGAGAGGAAAUUCGUGAAGAUGGAUCAUUUAUUGGCGCUUAUAAACCUCCGAGAAAUAAUUAUAAUAGAGACACAGACGUCUAG